AUGGAGACAGGCUGGAAGAGGGGUUGUACGCUAGAGCUCUUAAUUAAGGAAUGGCUUUCUAAAGGACAUGGGGAAUACAGAGAAAUCCCUAGCGAAAGAGAAUUUUUUCAAGAAGUCAAGGAGAGUGAAAAUGUGGUUUGCCAUUUCUACAGAGACUCCACAUUCAGGUGUAAAAUACUAGACAGACAUCUGGCGAUAUUGUCCAAGAAACACCUCGAGACCAAAUUUUUGAAGCUGAAUGUGGAAAAAGCACCUUUCCUUUGUGAGAGACUGCGUAUCAAAGUCAUUCCCACAUUAGCACUGCUAAAAGAUGGGAAAACACAAGAUUAUGUUGUUGGGUUUACUGACCUAGGAAAUACAGAUGACUUCACCACAGAAACUUUAGAAUGGAGGCUCGGUUCUUCUGACAUUCUUAAUUACAGUGGAAAUUUAAUGGAGCCACCAUUUCAGAACCAAAAGAAAUUUGGAACAAACUUCACAAAGCUGGAAAAGAAAACUAUCCGAGGAAAGAAAUAUGAUUCAGACUCUGAUGAUGAUUAGAGCUCAAUAAUUCUUUGUAAAUUGUCUUUUUUUUCCUGCUUCAGAUUUAAAUGUGUUUUUAAAAUUCUAUUAAUGUCUAUACAUUGGUCAUCUAAAUACUCAUAUUCUCGAGUUUUAUACAGUUGUAUCACAUCGAAAGGUGUCUUUACUACUUUCUGUGUGGCCAUCAUGUUUAAGUUGAGGAAAACUCAGUUCUUAAAUUAUCUGGGAAGGGUCUGGGUUCUCUAUUUUUGAGAUUGACUUUAUCACAAUAUGAUUCUUACAUCUUUAUACCAUUUACAAUUGUGUUUUAGAUCUACAGAGUUAGAAAUUCAAAAACUAUUCCAGGACUAAUUCUUAAUCGGCAUUAUUUAUACAAGAGGUCAAGUAACAUUUACUAGUGCAAUACUGCACUUGUAAAUGAAUUAUAAACACUCUUCUGGAAUAUAUUUAAAUAACCAUUAAGGAACUGCUUAUUUAUUCUGGACACUGCAUGUUGAUGUUGAAUCAACUGAUGCCAGCAGAAAGCUAUUUUGAUUUGUGAACAUACUGCCUUAUUUAAAGGGUCCUGAUUGCUUGUAUUUUAAGACAUUGAUUAAAAAGAAACCAGGAAACACUUUUGAAAUAACAGCAUAAGGAACUUCACUGUCUCUGCUCAAUAAAACACCUGUAACUGGAA